AUGCCCCACGAAAUAUCCUGGGAGGCGCCUGCGCUGGGCACUCGGAAGAGAAUGCGGAAAGGGACCCGGAGCUGCUUUGAGUGCCGCCGCCGCAAGAUCCGCUGCGUCUUCCCUACCGCCCAGCCUUCCGUCUGCACCCAAUGCUCCGCCCACGGCGCACGCUGCAUCAAUCAAGAGCAUGCCGAGACCGCCCUCAUUCCGGACCGGCGGAAGAACCUCCGGCAGCGAGUUACGGAGCUGGAGGCUUUGAUUGAGUCCUUGACUAAAGAUCAACCGGACCGCGGCCUUGAGCAGCAAGGGGGUUCUCCAGGAAGCUCGGGGCUAAGUACACAUCGGACAUCAGAGCCUCUGUUACCAUCUGAAGCCGUACAUGCUUCAACGUACAGCGAUGCCCAAGUUUCUCUCCGACCUCCCGCCGAGAGUGCGGUACCUCACCCCGCCGCAGGCUCAUUCGCUUCCUCUCCGCUCAAUCUCAGGCCCAGGCUCAAUGCCUCCACCCCCUCACCCGGCCCCAGAACCACCAAGACACGGAACCCAGGGCGGCCUCACCUAAUCGACAUCGACUUCCACGGCGUAGAAAUCACGCCACCAGCUUCCAGGGCUAAGAGCGGCCCCCUUAACUCCGGAGCCAGCACUCCAACCCCCAUGGACAACAGCGGCGGAAUCGCGGCCGCGAAUAGGAACCCGGGCCCGCCGCACCUCAUCAACGUCGAUUUUAGCAGCCUCCAGCCUCCGUCAUCUGACCCUCCGCCUUCUUCUCCGGUCACCAGUACUGAAGCAUCUAUGACGCAGGAGUUCGGGAUACGCGCCCACCAACACCAAGCCCCCGCAUCACCCGAUCAGGAUCGAUUUCGGUGGCAUGGAGGGUAUGCGUGCGGGAUGUUGUAUUGA